CCACCCUCUGACACCAUGGUCAGCGCCUGCAGGGGCUCCGUCUUCUCUGACCAGGGCUGUGGCCAAGGCCUCUGCCAGGAGACCGGCUGCCAGACCACCUGCUGCAGGACCACCUGCUACCGCCUCAGCUGUGGUGUGUCCAGCUGCUGCCGCCCCGUCUGCUGCCAGACCACCUGCCGCCCCAGCUGUGGUGUGUCCAUCUGCUGCCGCCCCGUCUGCUGCCAGACCACCUGCCACCGUACAACUUGCUGCCACUCCAGCUGUGGUAGAUCCUCCUGCUGAACUCAUAUCUGACUAUCAACCAUGAGCCAGCCACCAUCACAUCAGUGUGAAAGUGUCAUUCAUUCUAACUUUUCCAUGUUUUAAAUGACCACCAAGUUUAUUAUCCUGUGACACUACCAAGGCACUGGAGAAAGAGCCUCCAUCUGCGUUCAGUACCACCCCUGCUUCCCAGAAAUCUCUUUCCUGCAUUCAACCUCACAUGCCCUAUGCUGUUGGAUCAAACCCCCAAGUCUCUGGCUGUUACACUUGCCUUGACCUUCAUAACUGCAUGUUAACUAUUUCUCAAUAAUACUAUCUUGAUAUCAUAAAUUUGUGUAUCCUUCUUUACUUAUUUCUGAGAGUUGAUUUUCAGUUUAUUUUCUAGCAUUCUUUCUCUCAAGAUAAAGAAAAGUGUGGAUUUCUGUGGCCAGGAAAGAAAACAGAUUUUUCAAAUAUUACCUAAUGCUUAUAUUAUAGAAAGGACUUUGUAUAUGUAUGUUUUUUCAAAAUAAGAUAACCCACCUUACCUAAUAAACAAUGGUUUUUUUAUCCAGUCUGUAAAA